GUAACACUUCAGUUCAUUUGCCUGUAUUCAAUGAAUGCAUUGGGUAAAGUGAACUGAUAUGCUAAUCUUCCUGUUGUGUAAUAUGCCCGAUUAUUAGCUGUCCUCAGUUUUAAAUAAAGCUCCCUUAUCACAUACAUUUGUAGUAUAAAAAGAGAACUGGUACCAGUAAUUUAUUCUGGAUUGUAAUAUCAGAAUACCUCACAUCAUACCUCAGUAAACACUGACCAGUUUGUUGGUGAUUUCCAUCGCUGUGAUGAGUGCUGCAAAAUUGAUCGAAUUCAAUUCACUGGAUGCAGAUAUUCAGGAAUUAAUUAUGGCAAGUGUAGAAGCUCGCAAUUACUCAUAUUCACCUUAUAGUAACUUCAAAGUUGGGGCAGCGCUCCGCUCUGAAGAUGGAAUAAUUUACAAGGGAUGUAACAUUGAAAACUCAUCAUAUUCGGUUACUAUUUGUGCCGAGCGAACUGCAAUUGCUAAAGCAGUUUCAGAAGGUAAAAAAAAAUUUGUAGCUCUUGCAACAGUAGCAGAUAUGGAUAAAAUUUUUGUAACACCUUGCGGAGUAUGCCGUCAAACAAUAUAUGAGUUUGGAGAUAUUCCAGUUUAUUUAACUAAAUCGACUUUAGGAACUGUCUUGGUUACUUCAGCCAAAGAAUUGUUACCGUUUGGAUUUCAUUUGCAAGAUGCAAGUGCAUAAUCUUUUCACGUAGAGAUAAUCAUUCCAUCGCGUUUUGACAAUAAUGAGAAUGUCUACAACCAGCACAUAACAGCUGUAAAAAUAUUUUUGUAUAUUACGUAUGUAUAUACAAUAGGGUAAGUUUAAAUUCUCAGAAAUAAUGUUCUGAAAGGUCAGGUUAAUGCUGCAUAUCAAUCAAUUUCUUGUCUUCUGAACUUGAUAAAUCAUGAAGAGAUAAAUUUAUCAUGCAUAUAGCUCUGACUCUUUGUAAAUCUUAUCUUUUAAACAUAAAAAGCUCAAGACCUCAAAGAUCAAUUGACUUGAUAAGUUGAUAAGAUAAGUAUCAUCUGAAUAAAUUGAAGUCAGAUUAUCA